AUGGCUCCGGAAUUCCUCUAUUUCUAAAAUGGUGUGUUUUUGAAAGAUGGUGAACCUUUCCGCUACAUAUCUGGUAGCCUACAUUACUUUCGGAUACCACGAAUCUACUGGGAGGACAGGCUUGUGAAAGCCAAGAAUGCCGGUUUGGACGCGAUUCAAAUUUACGUACCCUGGAACUUUCAUGAACCAAAUCCAGGGGAGUACCAUUUCGAGGAUGAGAGGGAUGUCGUUGAAUUUAUAGAACUUGCUCAAAAGAUGGGUUUGCUUGUUCUUGUUAGAGCUGGUCCUUACAUUUGUGCUGAAUGGGAUUUCGGUGGGCUUCCACCUUGGCUCUUGUCUUCAAAUCCUAAUCUGAAUUUACGAUCUUCUAGUACAGAAUUCAUGAAGCCGGUUAUUCGGUGGUUCGGUCAGUUACUUCCUAAAUUGAAGCCACUAAUUUAUCAAAAUGGUGGACCAAUAAUAAUGAUCCAAUUGGAAAAUGAGUAUGGGUCCUACGUCACUUGCGAUCAAGAGUACUUGUCUGCGCUUUACGAGUAUGCCAGAUUCAUUCUCGGCAAUGAGAUAAUACUAUACACAACGGAUGGGAACAGCAUGCUUCAGUUGAAAUGUGGCUCAUCCGAUCGCAGAUUACUUGCAACUGUCGAUUUCGGUGUUGAUGAAGUGCUUCUAAGUGGAGGUAAUGACAGCAACCUUCAGCGUCUUUUCAAAGUUUUGUCGAAGGUAAAUAGCGAAUUCUAUUCUGGAUGGUUGGAUCAUUGGGGUGAGAAGCAUCAUGUAGUCGACGCUAAUGCCUUGGCGGAGGGGGCGCUUAGCCUUUGGAAUCUGUCGCAAAGUGUCAGCUUCAACAUCUAUAUGUUCCACGGAGGUACCAAUUUCGGUUUUUGGAAUGGGGCCAACUCACCAAACAAAUUCAUAACCACAUCCUAUGAUUAUGACGCUCCAAUCUCUGAAGCUGGAGACAUUACUACCAAAUACCUUAUUCUUCAAGACUUAUUUUAUAAGAUGAAACAACAGGUUCCACCUCCUCCUCCACUCAAUAUCUCUAAAGCUACUUACGGCAGGGUUGGAUUGAAAUUUUUCUCACACUUACUCUACGAUCUGCAAGAAGGCAUUUCCUCUGUCAAACCCCUUUACAUGGAAGCGGUGGGACAGUACCAGGGCUUGAUGGCCUACACUGUCCAUCUGGAACACGAUGAGGGCAAGGCAUAUUUGACCUUCGAGAGUGUCAAAGAUAUCGGACUGGUCUUCCACGGAUCGGUUUCCGGAAGUGCUGGCUUGAACAUCACGCUGGACAAGGAGCACUCCUUCCUCACUGUGGUUACUGAGUGUAGAGGCCACAUCAACUUUGGGUCCCAAAUGUUUGGUGACGUCAAGGGUAUUAGUGGUCGUGUUCUGUUGGACGGGAAAGAACUGCUCAAUUGGAUGAUGAAGGCUCUCGACUUCAGGACCGUUAACCCUCCAGAUCCUAUAUGUCCCGAUACUGAAAAAAUAAUAUUCCCUUCUCCUGGAACGAUUUAUAGGGGUGUCUUUCAGGUACCCUUCCCACCAAUGGAUACGUUCGCUGUGAUGACUGGAUUCACUCGAGGUAUUUUGGCGGUGAAUGGUCAUAUUGUGGGCCGUUACUACCCCUCCGCUGGACCGCAAGUGAGUCUCUACGUACCCGCCAGUAUGCUGAUUCCAGGAGAGAAUGUCGUCAGCAUUUUAGAACUACAAAAAGUCGAAUCGGCCUGCCUUAAAUAUGCCUCCUGCUUCGUCACCUUUCGUGAUUCUCCCGUGUGGCUACAUUGA